AUGCGACGGACGAUUCGCUUGGUCCGUCUCCAAAGCGUAGUGCGUUUUUUAGAUUUGGCAGCGGGGUCAUCCACGGCUGCCAUCGCCCGGCUUGCGUCGUCGUCACCUCGGCCCCUGUCGGCGGUAUCCGGUUCCAGUUCGGCCUGGCCGGAACUCGCCGCGGGAACGAUUGGCAGUUCCGGCACGGUCUCGUCUCGUGUUGUCCGGUCAUCUGACGGCGGCGGGACUUCCGGAACCUCGACAACGUUGUCCGGGACGAGCACAAGGUCGACGGACGUUGACGGGUCAGCUGGUGGCAGCGGGAUUUCCCGGUAUACAUGGUCAGCCGGCUGCAGGUCGAACAGAUCGACGAGGCCCAUCGACCCCGUGUCAGAAGGUUCAUGGCUGCUCUCUGCCGGCGGCUGUUCCGCCGUGACGGUGUCGUCCGCUUCAGCAUAA